CAUGUCUAGCAACAAGAAGAUUAUUGCUGUUGUCGGAAGCACUGGGUCGCAAGGGGGAAGUGUGGUUCGUUCUCUCCUCGCGGACGGGACCUUUGCUGUUCGAGCCCUUACCCGCAACGUAAACGGGGACGCAGCCACGAAGCUCAAGGCCGCCGGAGCCGAGGUCGUCUUUGCCGACCUCGAGGAUGUCGAGUUGCUCAAAAAGGCUUUCAGAGGCGCAUAUGGCGUUUUUGGCGUCACUGUCCUCGCUCUGUAUCUUGGUGUCGAGAAGCUUGACCAGGCCAAAUCCCGCGAUCAUGAGACCCAACUUGGGAAGAAUAUCGUUGAUGCCGCCGAAGCGGAAGGAACCAAGCAUCUGGUUUGGAGCACGCUGGACGACACUUCGAGCAUCGGCAUACAUGUGCAUCACUUCGUCGUACUGGACAAAUACAUCCAGGCGAAGAAGGUCCCCGCCACAUUCUUAUUUACAUCUGGCUACUUCAACAACUUAACGAAGUUUGGGUGGCUGAAGAAGGAAGGGGACACCAUCAAUAUUAAUAUCCCAUUUCCUUACGACGUACCAUACCCUUUUUAUGAAGCAACCGCGACUGGAGAAUGGGUCAAGAAUAUCCUUAAAAACCCAGAUGAAUGGAUCGGCAAGCGGGCUGACGCUUACGGGGGUUCGUACACAGCAGUGGAAAUUGCAGAGACUCUAAGGAGGAAGACGGCGAAAAAUGUUGUUCUGAACAAAGUCACGCAUGAGGAGUUCAACAGUAAAGAGUUUCACGAUGAACUUGGCGGUCUGUUCCGGUUGACUAACCAGUACGUUGUCGAUGGAGGAAUGGUCCGAGAUGCGGAACUCUCGAAGCGAGCCAACCCAAAUGGUUCCAACCUUGAGGAAUUUCUCGAGAGGGAUGAGGCCAUCAACGCUUUUCUUUCCUCAUGAGCUUACGAAUGACGAGAGUGUCGGAAUGGUUAUCGUUAUCUGUUAGUUUUUCCAGAGAUCUAGUUCCAAGUGGCUGCACGCCUUGGAAUGACUGAAUUGUAAUCACAAAUGUUAGACCUCGUCGCUCUGAGAAUGGAGGUCCGGAGUAGCAAGCUAUAGAUGUUUGUCGAAACCAACUUUGGAGCCUGUCCUAUAGUUUC